GCCGGGCGCCGGCUGCCGUGUCGGCAGGGGUCCGUGUGCUUCAGCCCCGCGGGAUUAUUCACGCGUCUCCCCCGCUUGACCUGCUGCUCGGCAGAUACUCAUUUUUUUCCCUGCAGUGCUGUCCGGGAGCCGGGGCCGGGACAACAGCGCGCUCCCUGGCUGGGGGUGACGUCACGGCAGAGCGGGCUGACGUCACGGCCCCGCGGUGACGCCACCGCGCCCUUCUCAGCCGUGUCAUCCCCGGCGGCGGCCGGCAGGUGGCGCCCCGCCCCACCCCACCCCCGCCUACGGGGGGACGCCGCCCUGGUGGAUGUCACCGCCGCGCUGGAGACGGAGUCCGCCAACGGCAAGGACCCGCUGGAAGGCGCUGGGGACAGUUCUGAAGUCUUGGAUGCCCAGGCAGGCUCCGUGGAUGAAGAGAAUGGACGACAGCUUGGAGAGAUAGAGCUGCAGUGUGGAAUUUGUACCAAGUGGUUCACAGCAGACACGUUUGGCAUUGACACCACAUCAUGUCUGCCUUUCAUGACCAACUACAGUUUCCAUUGCAAUGUUUGCCAUCAUAGUGGGAACACGUAUUUCUUAAGAAAACAAGCAAAUCUCAAGGAAAUGUGCCUUAGUGCUCUGGCCAACUUAACAUGGCAGUCAAGGACACAAGAUGAGCACCCAAAAACUAUGUUUUCGAAAGAUAAGGAUAUUAUCCCAUUCAUCGAUAAAUAUUGGGAGUGUAUGACAACAAGACAGAGACCUGGAAAGAUGACUUGGCCUAAUAAUAUUGUUAAAACUAUGUGUAAAGAAAGAGAUGUAUUCUUGGUGAAAGAACAUCCAGACCCAGGGAGUAAAGAUUCAGAAGAAGAUUACCCAAAGUUUGGACUUCUAGAUCAAGAUCUCGCCAAUAUUGGUCCAGCAUAUGAUAACCAGAAACAGAACAACACUGUAUCCACAAGUGGAAGCUUAAAUGGGGGAAUUGCUGCUGGAGGCAGUGGGAAAGGAAGGGGAGCGAAACGCAAGCAGCAAGAUGGUGGGACCACAGGAACAGCCAAGAAAACCAGAAGCGACCCGUUGUUUUCUGCUCAGCGCUUACCUCCUCAUGGUUAUCCUUUGGAACACCCCUUUAAUAAAGAUGGAUAUCGUUACAUCUUGGCUGAGCCUGACCCCCAUGCACCUGACCCAGAAAAAUUGGAGCUAGACUGUUGGGCAGGAAAGCCUAUUCCUGGGGACCUCUACAGAGCCUGCCUAUAUGAACGAGUCCUCCUAGCACUGCACGACCGAGCUCCUCAGUUAAAGAUUUCUGAUGACAGGCUGACUGUUAUAGGUGAGAAGGGCUAUUCAAUGGUACGAGCCUCCCACGGAGUGCGGAAAGGAGCGUGGUACUUUGAAAUAUCCAUGGAUGAGAUGCCUCCAGACACAGCUGCCAGAUUAGGCUGGUCACAGCCACUAGGGAACCUCCAGGCACCUCUGGGAUAUGACAAGUUCAGUUACUCCUGGCGCAGCAAAAAGGGAACAAAGUUUCAUCAGUCAAUAGGGAAACACUAUUCAGCUGGCUACGGACAAGGUGAUAUACUGGGAUUUUACAUCAGUCUUCCCGAUGACACUGAGACUGCUAAAUCACUGCCUGACACUUAUAAAGAUAAGGCUUUGAUCAAAUUCAAAAGCUACUUGUACUUUGAAGAAAAAGAUUUUGUGGACAAAGCAGAGAAGAGCCUAAAGCAAGCACCUGGAAGCCAAAUCAUCUUCUUCAAAAAUGGUGCCAGCCAAGGCGUUGCCUUUAAAGACAUUUUUGAAGGAGUUUAUUUUCCUGCUAUUUCUUUGUAUAAAGGCUGUACGGUUUCUAUAAACUUUGGACCGUAUUUCAAGUAUCCUCCCAGAGACAUCACUUACCGUCCAAUGAGUGACAUGGGAUGGGGUGCUGUUGUAGAGCACACACUGGCAGAUGUACUCUAUCAUGUAGAGACAGAAGUUGAUGGAAGACGAAGCCCACCCUGGGAGCCUUAGAGAAGUAGCUGCAGAUAACAAAAAAUGACACAGUGGACAUCAGAUCAAGUGGUUUUUAUUCUAGAGGAAUGUGCAUCACUUUGACAGAUUGUUUAAGAAAAAUAUGAUGAAGCCAAUGCAGCUCCUCUUGAUAGCAGGUGUUUAGUGCACUCUGAGGUGUCAUGUUUAUGUAUCCCCUGCUGAAGAUUCAUGUUCUACCACUAUGCUGGGGGCCAAGUGAAUGCAGUUCUAGUAUGUAUUGUGCUAUUUGUGGGCAUCCCUUGGAGUCUUACAGCUCGCUGUAAGUUACUGAAGAAGCAACUGUUUGUGUUGAGAUAACUUCUCAUGGUGUGCCUGGGUUGUAAAAGUCAUUUGUUCAGUGAGAGCAGGCUGCAGCUGGACCCACCUGCUUUAGUUACACUUGCAGAAGCAACACUGACACUUCUGCUUGGCUAAUUGUAAACAGCUUCCCUCGAGGAGGACUGUGUUGUAGCAAGACUACUGCAUGUAAGACUGAGGUUUGGGCAGAAGCCCAGAACUGUAUUUUUUUUUUUUUUAUUAAACUGGUUUCCAGUUUCAUGUUAAAGAAAGGCUUUAUUUUAAAACCUGAUACAUUUUGUGACUUUGGUUACAGGUUAUGAACUACACUUCAGGAAAAGCAGUAGCCACUAACUCAAAUCUUUAGUGUUUAAAAUCUCCCCUUUGCUAACCAUAUACAGGAUGGUCUCCUGCCCAUUGCUUAAAGUAAAACUUGUCAAUGAUCACCAUUGAGAGCUUGAAUAAAUAUUAAAUACAAUUAUGCAAGUCUGUACAGGAAAAUAAGUUAGAGCAGCUCUACUUGUGGGGAGGGGAAUAAAAAAUUUAGGUUAAGUCCUGCGUUUGUGCACUGAGCAUGUGCAGGCUCUUGAGACCUCCCCCUCACUGUACACCCUGUGAAAACAGGCUGGAAUUCCAAGGGUCUUGAUUGUUAACAAUUUGUGUCUGACUUUACCCUAUUUUACCACUGAACAAACCAUUAAAACACUGCAUGCUGGAAA